CGGAUGUUAUCACCGGAAGUGUGUAACGCGGGAUUGUGUCCCUCGUGCUGAACGUGUAAUCAGUUCCGCUAUGGCAGCGCCGGCGUGUGUGAGAUUAUUUCUGCACGGAUCACAUUGUGGUUUUCGGUUGUGUUCGACAUCUCUCCGGGGAUUCACGAGUCCGGUUCUGACCCGCAGCCACAGGCUCGGCCCGGCGGAUGAUGAGUUGUACCAGCGCACCACGGUGACGGUGAUGCAGAAGGAUCCAGGCGGCGGCCCCAUCAUCUACAGCUACAGCUCACGAGGAUUCAACAUCGACGGGAACAAAGUGAUCGGACCGUGUGCCGUGGUUCCUCCGGCUAUUCUACAGUGGAACGUGGGAAGUCAUGAAGACAUAACAGUGGAGAGUUUGUCUCUGUUCUACCUGCUGGAGCCACGCAUAGAGGUGUUGGUUCUGGGUACAGGAGCCCGUACAGAGCGUUUGGACCCCAAAGUUCUGUCUUUCAUCAGGAAAAAAGGCAUCGCAGUGGAGGUGCAGGACACGCCCAAUGCCUGUGCCACCUUUAACUUCCUGACAAGCGAGAGACGAAUCACAGCAGCUGCUUUGAUUCCACCCCCUUUGCCGUCUGCAGUGACAUCAGAGUGAUUGUGUAGGUUACCUGACUCCGCCUCCCAUCAUCUGACGGAACCAUGACGUUGCUGAUGGAGACAAACCUGCAGGAUAAAAACUAUUUACUCUCAGUAUAUUAAACCUUAACCACUGUGAACAUGUGACAUCAUUGUUCAAGCAGUGCCAGUCCGGGCUGCACCUCCUUCUCCGGGUUACUCGUCUCCACGCUGGUGCUCACUACAGCAAUGUACUUCCCUUCAGGAGCCACGUUGUGAGUGAAGGACAUCAAACACACGUAGAUAUCUGUAUAGAGCGGCACAAGCUGUGUCAGUGAAAACACAGUGACUCGGUGAUGCGUGUCACUCUCUUUCUCUCUCUCUCUCUCUCUCUCACACACACACACACACACACACACAGCUUCAGCUGCACUGACACAAGCUUCACCCACUUUUCCCUGAUCUACAGUACAUGUAAUGUGAUGUACAUAUGAUGCCCCAGUGCACCUUCAUGUGCAUCUGAUUUGUAUAAAUCACAAAAAAGCUAAUAAAGACCAGAGGACAAUAUCAGGAAAGAAAUGUCCUGUAAUUGAGGAUCUAUAUUACAUUUAAGAUGCUUUUGUUCAGGGUUUGAUGAAAACAAAUACAUUUUCUGGAACAUUCCUGUUUUGUUUGUUUUUCCUACCUGAUUUCCUGUGCACCUGAGUCUGAGGUAUGAUGAUCUGGCAUGAGUUGGCAUCGUGAGUGUUUUUGAUUGGAUGGUUCAGCAGACAGAUGACCCUAAUGACCCGCCCCACUUUCUUCACCCGGUUGGGGACGUAGCUGGGAUCGCACAGGAGCUGCUUACAUCGGAAAAGCUGAAAAAUCAGCCACAUAAACAGUUCAGAGUUUAUUAUGACAUUUGUGACAAUAAUGUAUGAAUAAAUACUGUGAAUAAAUAUGGUGAUAUACUGUA